UCUCUCUGGCAGCGCUAGCUCCGCCGCGCCCGGCCGCCCGGCGCCGGCACCCCUGGGCAUGAACGCCCCCUCGACGCUGCCCCCCGGGGGCGAAGAAGGGCUGGAGACGGCCUGGCCACCCGCAGCCAAUGCCAGCAGCGCUCCUGCGGAGGAGGAGGAGGCGGUGGCGGGGCGCGGGGACGCGGGGGCGGCGGGCAUGGUCGCCAUCCAGUGUAUUUACGCGCUGGUGUGCCUGGUGGGGCUGGUGGGCAACGCCCUGGUCAUCUUCGUGAUCCUUCGCUACGCCAAGAUGAAGACGGCUACCAACAUCUACCUGCUCAACCUGGCCGUCGCCGACGAGCUCUUCAUGCUGAGCGUGCCCUUCGUGGCCUCGUCAGCCGCCCUGCGCCACUGGCCUUUCGGCUCAGUGCUGUGCCGCGCGGUGCUGAGCGUCGACGGCCUCAACAUGUUCACCAGCGUCUUCUGUCUCACCGUGCUCAGCGUGGACCGCUACGUGGCGGUGGUGCACCCUCUGCGCGCGGCUACCUACCGGCGGCCCAGCGUGGCCAAGCUCAUCAACUUGGGCGUGUGGCUAGCGUCCCUGCUGGUCACUCUCCCCAUCGCCAUCUUCGCAGACACCAGACCGGCUCGCGGCGGCCAGGCCGUGGCCUGCAACCUGCACUGGCCACACCCGGCCUGGUCGGCAGUCUUCGUGGUCUACACUUUCCUGCUGGGCUUCCUGCUGCCGGUGCUGGCCAUCGGCCUGUGCUAUCUGCUCAUCGUGGGCAAGAUGCGGGCCGUGGCCCUGCGUGCUGGCUGGCAGCAGCACAGGCGCUCGGAGAAGAAAAUCACCAGGCUGGUGCUGAUGGUCGUGGCCGUCUUUGUGCUCUGCUGGAUGCCUUUCUACGUAGUGCAGCUGCUGAAUCUCUUUGUGACCAGCCUUGAUGCCACCGUCAACCACGUGUCCCUCAUCCUCAGCUAUGCCAACAGCUGCGCCAACCCCGUACUCUAUGGUUUCCUCUCCGACAACUUCCGCCGAUCCUUCCAGCGGGUUCUCUGCCUUCGCUGCUGCCUCCUGGAAGGUGCUGGCGGUGCUGAGGAGGAGCCCCUGGACUACUAUGCCACUGCUCUCAAGAGCAGAGGUGGGGCAGGGUGGAUGUGCCCCCCGCUCCCCUGCCAGCAGGAACCCCUGCAACCAGAGCCCAGCCACAAGCGCAUCCCCCUCACCAGGACCACCACCUUCUGAAGAGCCCUUCCCCUACCCGUCCUGCGUGGCCACCUCCCAAGAGGUCGGGCCCCAUUCCUACAGCCCGAAGACUGCAUCUCCUGGAUGCUCACCUAAGCUCCACCAUCUGUUCCUUCCGGCAGCCCAUGUACCUGCCAGAGAGUGUCAGAACUCUUCUGCUGCUCUCCUCUCCCCUGCACUCUGGCUUUCGGAAGGAUGCUUCCAUAUGGGUAGGACUCCUCUGGGAACUGGGCUAGGAUAUUAAUCAUUCCUGAAUCUCUGGCUGUUCUUCAAGGACUGGGAAGCAGGAGGUGGUGAGAAAUGAAUGGCCCCUGUGUGUGGCUCGUUACAACCACUGCUUGGGAGAGGACUCAAGAGGGUGGAGGGAGGUAGCACCCUUCCUCUCUGCAACACUCUGCCUUGUGGUGGGAGCACAGCUUGUACAGGAGAGAGGAGGAAGGAAGAUGCCCCCAAGCACCUGCCCUCUAUAUCCCUUCCUGGGCUCUUGUUAAGUGAGACUAAUGUUAACAGCCAGGGGCACUUGUUUCCCUCCCCACUCACCCCUCACUUGGGAACACCUGCUUGCUGUCACAGCUGUCUCCCUGGGUUGCCCCGAGCCGGGAGCAGUCUUCCUGUGAGUAGAAAAGGUUUGGAGAGGCGUGACAUGGGGUUUAUUGCAAGACAAAACCAGGUCAGUAAUAACAAAGCAGAGAUAAUAAAAACCUCAUCUAGCUCCUAUGAUGUAAUUUUUUGGUCCCUGAUCCUUUGAUGUGGGAACGUAAGAACUCAUUAAGGCAGCAAUUUAUACUGUGGUGGUGAGUGAGAGAGGAGCCACGGGCGGGAAAAGCCGACCAGAGAGCAGUGAGGGAUGGGAACCAGCCCAGGUUUUGGAUAGAGGAGGCAGCUUCAUCACCCCCUAUUUUAGAAUAUCAUCGUUCAGUAAAACAUCAGCCACAUUAGAUAUUAACAUGUAAGCUGAACACAAUAAAAGGCUGUAUCUUUGUUGCCUGAUGUGUUAACCAAAGGAUAAAUUAUCUUUCCCACAGGGAAAGAGCUCAAGAAGAGCUUUAAUUUUGCUUUCUGAUAAAAGCAGGGGAGGGGACAAAGGAGAACUUGGAACACUUAUGUUAGCAUCUGGUGUGACAACAUAGGAACAUGUAUGAAGGUUGGGGGGGCCCACCUGGCUUAGCACUCAGAGACUACCUCUGAGUUUAGCCAGCCUGAUUCUGGACAAUCAUUCUGGUGCUAUGGGGAAGAUGGUGUGGGGACGGGGAGAGACAGCCAAAGGGCAACACCCUGUGCUGUUCAGAGUGGUCAGCCUCACAGACCACUCUGAGAGAAUGCGUAGCCAUGUCUGUACUACGUACUAGAGACAUGACUGUGGAAUGGAAGUUUCAAAACUAAGUCACAGAACCCUCUCAUCCUGCAAACACACAUGCAUAUACACAGAGCUAUCAACCAUCCCUAAUUUGUCGGUACCCACCAGGGAUACCUCGGGCAUCUGGAGUAAGUCAGUCUCCAUGUCUGUGGGUCUUGUGUAACCAUAACUACUUGGAGGUUUUUUAAACUGCACCAUUUCUUUGUUCCUCAGUGUCUGACAGUGCCUGCCAGGAUGGGCACAUGAUAAAUGUGGUUAAACGGAACUCCGAGGACCACCCAGGUUGAUAGCAGUGAGGUGAGGGGUUCACAGCACUGGCAGUGGUCACCAGAGCUUCUUCCCAGCUUGUAUGUGGGGUUGGGGGAUCCUUUCUUUAGUGUCCCAGUGAUCAGACUGGGCAAACUCUCUGAUAAGCAAGGCGUGGCACCUAUCGGGAGUCUUGGCAACACUAUUGUGUGGCUGCCCAGAUUAGCAUGGAAUAAGACACAUUCUAUUUAGCAACAUCAACCUUUUAACUUAGUUGAUGAAGGUUGAAGGAGAGGCAGCUACAGGUGAUAGAAAGAAAAGUCUCUGAGAGGCAGGACACCUUAGCCUCAGCUACCCCGUGAGCAGUGAUUUAACUUCUCUAAGCCUCAGUUUCCCACUUGAAAUAUGCGCCAAGGGAAGUUUCAAGUUUUGAGCUCUUUCCAGCUGUAAACUCUGCUGGCAGAGACACCGGGGAGACACACGAAUCGGAUGGUGGGAGGGUGGGAGAUAGCACACUUCUCUGCUUAGUCCUCUUUCCAUCACCGCUGGAAAAUGAACGUGAACACUGCCCUUGACUCUGCAGUCAUAAGUCAUGAGGAUGGAGGCGGGGUGGAGGUGGAGGGUGAGCCCACCCACUGCUCUCUUCUUCAGCUUCAAGUCCUUUUCAAUUCCCUGGCAGCAGCAAGGCACCCUGAACACUUGUCGGGGCUGUGUUUAGAGCCCAUCAACAGUGCUGCCAGCUUUACUUCCAUCAACCCCAGGCUUUUGUAACAACUGGUUGCAUGAAACCCUCCCUUGUAGUUUGUGUACAGAAGAUUGCAAUGAAUUGAAGUCAUGAGCCAUACAGCCAGGAUCCUGAAAGCCACUGACAUACGUCACCUGCCUGGGAGACUUGCUUCGAUGGUCAUCUUGUUCUACCUACUAAGGCCAGAAGUCAUAGCUAUUGACAUCGUUGUGAAUAAAAACAUUUUCUGCCACAGGUGGCAAAAGCCUUUUCUCAUCCCUCCAUCCAUCAGAGAUCUUGCUUUUUCUUUUAAAAAUUGUCUUUAAUUUACCGUUCCAUGACAAGUCAGGUGUUCCGUUUUCCCAGAUGGUCAGGGAAGAUGGUAUUUGGACAUGACAGGCUCUCACUCAACAGGAUACUUGCCCAGUUUGUCAGCUCUGAUCUGUGAGCAAAGAUGCAUAUGACUUUCGCACUCGUCUGUGAAAUAUUAGCUUCACUUUCGUUAAAGGCAUCAUAACUAGCAUUCCUUAGGAGCUAGAGGUGGAUGAAAAGGAUCAACUAAAUGCAGCAUGUUUCGGCCGCACUGCCUCAGAAACCAGACAUGAAUCCUAGCAGAUGUGGGCAUUGACACUCUUCUCUGAGAAGAUGGAGGUAGUGAAUCACCGCUGUCUCCCACAUUCUCAUUCCAUAAGUAGAUGACAGCAUAGCCUCGGAUUCCUUAAGGACAAAUGUUAGAAUCCUAGGGCUGUGUUUUCUGAGACAGCUCCACCAUGGUGUACGCCGUCAACCAGCAGCACACCCUGGAAACUGUCUUGCUGACUAGCAUGCAGGUGAGUAUACAUGCGGACAGUUUGCUGAGUGCUUCUCUCAGGCAGUGCAAUAGGUUUUGAGACAAAAUGAUGAAUCUACAAAGGCAGCUUCUGCCUUCAUGGAGCUUGGAGGUUUAGUGGCAAAAGAUAUGCAUUAAUCAAAUAAGCACAGAAAUGAGAGUACAGUUCUAAACCUAAAUAAGCACUAUACGGGAAAGGAAUAUGCUUUCUAAGAGAUGAUAAAAGAAGCUGCCCUUGACUCAGAGCAGGCUUCCCCCAGGAAAAUGGCUGGAGAUGACCUCCUCUGAAGGGUACCUGGGCAUUAACUAGGAAAGGAAGCGGCGGGGCACAGGGUGUUCCUGUAAGCUCUAAGCAAAGGGAACAGCAUGUGCAAAGGGCCUGCAGUGGAAGGCACCGAAGGGCUCAAUGUGACCUACAGACCACAGGGGCAUGUGAGGCACUGGCAGGCACAUGAUUAGGAGCCCAACGCCUUCUAUGCCACCUCAAGGAUGAGGACUUUGCCCUGAGAGCCAGGGAUCAGUGGUGCAAGCUCUAAUAAGGGGCUUGGGUCUGCCUAGUAAAAGAAGCCUAUCAAAAGCUCUGGGGUCCUUGUGAAAUUGAGGCUCACAUGCCUCUGCUCUUCAGGGAGGGGUUGAUCAUGUCCUUCUUUCCAACUUUCAUCAACUUUAUAUCAACUGAAAGGCAGGGUCCUCAAUCCUGUGAAGGAAUGGACUUUAGUGCUUAACAAUGGGGGCACUUUCUGAAAUGAGGGAGAACUUAUGUAAAAAAAUGCCUAGAAUGGGAGUAUUGACUUUCUACAAAUAAAAACAUGUGGCUUCCUAUUGUCAAAAGACACCAUGAGCAUCCACCUGCUGCAACAUAGCACUUGAAAUGACUGGAUUCCUGGGGCUCUAUCUGCCUAGAGAGUAGGGCUUCCAAAGGUCAAAACUCACCCAAUGUGGAUGUGUGUAGAAGGGGAGAGAGGACAGAUUGAAAAGCAUGCAGACCAGGGCCUAGUCCCAACUCUCCCGCUUCCAGCCCACAGUGGCCCAGGGAAGGCUGCAUUCCUGUGUGGAGAGGACAGAGCAACAGUAUCCACCUACAGGUGCACAGUGACACACAAAGUCCAUGUUCCUGGCCCAGGGGAGGUAGGUUUACCAUUCAAAUGGUGACUGCUUCAUGACACAGAAGGAGGAAGAGGGAGCUGGUGCAGAGUUGGGUGUCUUUUUUUCAUUUUUUUUUAAAUCAGUCUUUCAUUAGUGUUCUGAGGAGGCUGUAAUUUCUUUUUAAUCUAUUUUUAAUUGAAGUAUAAUUUACAUAUGGUAGAGUGUUCUCUUUUUAGUUGUAUGGUUCUAUGAAUUUUGACAUGCAAAUUUUUACAUUUGACUAACUAUUGCCCUAGUCAAGAUUGGGACUGUUUUGGUCAACAUCCACUUCCCUCUUAGUGGCUGUGAUUUAUGGCCAAGGAAGCAGGACACAAAUAGCAUGGGAAGGAUCUGAGGAAGUACAGAAUUGGAGAUGGUGCUAUCCCCAAAUCCAGGAAAGCCACCUGGUUAUACCAUUUCCCAAGCUCCUUCCCCCAGACUAGGAGACCUCAACUAGUUUACAUAGGAAGCUACAGCCCUCUUGACCUUAUGGAUCUGAAAAGAAGUGUCCUGGACUCCAGAUACCACCUGGAGAAACUAGAGGGUUGAAUAUGUCCCUGGGCAAGCUGCUAAUUCCAUAAUGACUUCGUGAUCCUUUACUCCAAGCACUGGAGAGAGGGUAUGGAUUCGACUCCAAGCUCCCUUCCAGCCAAACAGAGCAGAGUGUUCCUCAAGACCCAGCCCCAUCCAAAAACCACCAUUUCCAUUUGUCACAGGCCUCCAGGCAGCUUGCUGUUGAGUUUGCUCUUCAUUUUAGUUCAUGUUUAUCAUGGCUGUAUCUUGUGCUCUGGAGAGUCAUAGACAAAUUAAACAGUGAAACUGGGACUUGCCCCAUGCCCUUCUCAGACUUUCCAUUCUCCUAUCACUACCAUUGGGUUUCUGCAGUACUACCUUUUUGGAGGAGGGGGAAAAUACAUGAAGAAAGACUGUAGUCAAACCCUGGCAACGGCUCACUGAAAAUGGUGAUUUGGGAUUAUUUGAGCAUUUCAGAACAAAUUUAUCAAAAGAGGGGGACAAUGAACAAGGCGUAGGAUCUCCAGAGAGUUUGUGGAAGGUGGGGUCCAUGUUCUCAAAGGAAUUAAAUCAAAAUAAGGCAGGAGGCAGAGGGAAAAGGGGAGGAAUGAGGGAGACUGUUGAAAAGCCCCUCUCCUCUUUGCCAAGUAGAGCAAAGCUUUGCUGGACAACAGUGGGGUAACUUAACAUUUAGGGACAGCAUUAAUGAGAAGCCAGAAAGAAGAUUUGAGACAGGCAAGUACAGAGGUUAUAUUGCCAGGUGUUGAAUAUGCAGAAGAUAAGUGGGUUUUGUCUCAGGAUAAUAUCCGUAUAAAAUUUGCUAUUUUAACAGAAGAUUUCCUUCAGGCAGAGAUUCAAGGAAAUAUUUGGCCUGUGGCCCAGGUCGCAUAAUUGUCACAGACCCCAGCUUUGACUCUUGGUGUUUCUCAUUGGAUUCCUGAAACCCUCUGCUGUCUGCUCCCCAUCUCCAGUGGGCGUGACCUUGAGUUAACCCAUCCCCAGGGUUCUUUUGUCUUUUGCAAUCACACUUUCAAAAUACCCUGAAAAGGAUUUCAAUUCUAUUAGAAUCUGAUGUUAAAACAAUAUUUAGUUUCUCUUGUAAGAGGAAAUCAGUUGUUUGCCUACAUCUGAACCUGCUAACCAAAAAAAAAAGGAGGAAGGGAACACUCAAAACAAAAAGAGAUAACGCUGAGCCCAGGGCAUUCAUUCUGGAAAAGAAAGAAAGGACUGGGCAUUGCCUGCAUUGUUUUAUGAAGAAAUGCCUGUAAAGGUCAGGCAAUGUAUUUUGGGUACCCCUACUGAGCUAUAACCAUGAAGAAAAUGUGUUUUCAUGCAUUAUUUGCAACCUCAGUUUUCCUUGAAUAGAUGAUAUAAUAAGGAAUCGCAUUCAACAGAGAACAGCAAGCGUCUCCAGAAGGUAGGAGGUGGGGGAUCUUCUGUCCCCUGGCCCCAUCCACAACCAUAAUGUCUUUCGAAGGAAUGUCACCUGCAGGAACCUCCCUCCGUACCUCUGAUAGGAGGCCUGGCUCUGCCGGGGCCAGAUCUGUGUGUCUCUUUCUCCUUUGGGCCCUGAGAAAUGGAGAAGGGCACUCUGGAACAUGUUCUUCCUCCUCUGAGCCUCCCUGGAAGAACAGCAGAGGGAGUCUCUGCCCCCUGUACUUGACUCGGCCUUGUGAGAAGGGAAAAUAAGCUGAAGCCUUCAAAGCUAGAUUUUAAAGUGACUGAGUGUUGGAGCUCACUUCUUACCUGGCACAAAAGUCUUCCCGUUUAAGCCAUGAUAGAUGCCUGCAAAUCCAACAUUACACUUCCUCUGGCAUUGACAACAUCACUCCAAGCAACUGCAUCUUCCCUUGAUGGAACAGUCUCCACUUUGUGCAACCUUGAGUUUGCCCCUAAGACACUCAUGAUUCCAACACAGCUUUUUUUCUGUACUCAUUUAUGCAUCUACCAGUUCACUGGCACACAAGUAAACAGUUAUUGGACAUCUACUGUGGGCCAGAAACUGAGCUUAUUGCCUCACCUAAUCUUCUUGGAAACCUUGUGAGAUGGCACUGCUUGCACCUGUCUUAUAGCCUUUGAAGGGUGAUGUGGUGCCCGUGGCCAUGUGACCAGCAGGUGUCAGGCUGGGAUCACACCCAGGUGUGUAUGCUGCUCACACCACAUAUUAGCCCUGCGGGGUGCUUACAGCAGAAAUUGUGCAGGUUCCUGCCCAAGAGGGACAUGUAAAUACAUCUAGAAGUAGUUGUUAUCUUCCCAAACAAUGCAGUACAUAAAUUGAAUCCCAGCGCACUCUUAUCAAAACUCCUUGAGUACACCCACUUGCACCUAGAACAUUUUUCAAUGUCAUUCUUUCAGUCUUUCUUUCAGUGUCUUUGACCUACAGCCUCUACAGUCAUCUCUCACUGCUUGUAUCUCUCUUUCCACCUCUUCAGCUCCCUUGCAGCCCGUCUCACCUCAUUCACUAUGCUCAGUGGGCUCCACCAGGCCUCUUCCUGGUGCAGGGCCUUCGCGGUGUGAUUCUUCCCACCUGGACUGCCUCCCCCUCCAGUUUGCAUUUGACAAGCCCCUCCUUCUCCUUCAGGUCUGGUGUUAAGUGUCAGCUUGUCCAGGACGUUCCCUCUAGUCCUCCACUCUAAAUCCUGCCUCCCUGGUGUGCCUUUUCAGAGUGUGCUGUGCUUUUCUUCCCCUGCACUUAUCACUGUUUCUAAGUUAAGUGCAAUUUGGGGAUGAUCAGUUGUUUCACGUCCUUCUCCCCUGCCAGAGUCUAGCUUAUAUGGCAGGGACUAGUCAUUGUACCUAUCACCAUGAAAGGCACAGAGUAAGUGCUCAGUGGAUAAUUGCUGAACUAAUCUAAGAAAAGAGGUGAGAAUUGGGGAAAAAAAAGAUAACAAAGUCAUUUGACUUAAAAAAUGAAUUCUGUUUGCUUUAUAACAGCAGGCUAAGAAAAAAAAAAAAAAAACUUGAAUGCUGGCUUAUCCAGAAAUACCACCUUGGCUUUCUUGCCCCAGCCUUUCAUGCUGUGAAAUACCACCAGCAUCUGGUCCCUGGGAGUUUCCGUCAGACCUGGAUGUCCAAUGAUGUGAACAGAAAGCAGAGACCACUCAGGUUGACCCAUGGCACUGGUUUCAUUAGGUCUGUCCUGAUUUUAAAUGCUCAGGGACAGUUUUUAAAGCUAACUGAUUUGUUUAUGUGGUCCUGGUGUCUUUCCCUGAGAGGCACUGUGGCUAUUUAGCGUUUUGAGAAUCUCAAGUUCAGAUGAGACCGGUAAACAGAGCUGCUGAUCCCCCAGGCAGCAGGAAGUGAGGAGGACAGGGAAGCUCAGGGCCCCACACAACUAAUGUCCUGGGGCCCAAGAUGCCGCAUGAAGGUUUUUGCCUCUGGGUUUUGAAAGUGUGUUUUGGUCUUCCAGUGUUCCUUAAGAAAAUGCCCUUCUUCUGGAAUAACAAGAAAUCCUAACGCAAUGAGGUCCUACAAGUCGAUUUGACAGUGACUAGGAGCAGACCCUUUUGAAAAACAGAAGGCUGGGUAACAGGGGCAAACUGUAAGGUAUCACUGUCUUCUCUGGUCUCCCAGCCUCAUUUACCUGCACCUGUCCUGCCCCCACUUGUGUAGCUCUUCACAAAGAUGUAGACUACUCCUUAGGGAGAGCAUGGCUCAGCUUGUUUUCUCCAUAGGGCAUGGUGCAUGGCAGCUGCCCCAGCACACACACUACAGCCAUCACUUCAUCUGCAAUGGAUGUCAAAAUCUCCAACCCUGUCUUCACAAUAACCAUUCAAACUAAAACUCACGAGUUUGGCAUUAUCCAGAUAUAUAAAGCAUUUGAAUAUUUGCCUGGACUCUACUUUAAUUUCUUCUUUAAAAAAUCUUUCUGGGCCCUGCAUAUUGGAUUCAGCCAGCCCUACCAUCCUAGAAAAGUGAGCCGAAGAAAUGUGUGCAUUGAAAAGGCGAAGUUUUUAAUCUCCAACAGAGAUGAGAAUGAUUUCAUACUGGAUGAGACAUUUAGAAAUGAAUACUUGAAUUAGAGCCACAAACUGAGACCCUUCAUGACUACAGUGAAUUUGGAUAUCUCGCAGAGGAGAUAACGCCAAACCAUACACAGGACACACAGCUGGGAUUCGCCAGAUGCCCCAGGAAGGGUUUAUUUAAUUCAUUCCAACAAAUAAUCCUAUAAUGUGUUUAAAAGCACAGAGACCCAAGUCCUCAUAUAUGAAGUUGUUAUGGUUACAGAAGGAAAAUAAAUAAAUAUCUGUGCACACAGAGAUAGUAUGAAAUCAUUCUACAGUGAAAAUCAUAGCCUCUAGAAAAAACUUUGAAAAUCAGAGAUGGUGCCAUCACCAGACAACACAAGUGCUGGGGUACAGGGCAGGCCUCCCUGCUUCUCAUAGCAUUUGCAUGGUUUGUGAGUCCCAUUUAAUGACAUACAAUGAGGGCACUGGGGGAGGAAAAGUGAACAGACACACAACCCGAGAGCACACUGUCAUUUGUUUAUUUUGCACAAGUGACGUCAUAAGCAAGGAUUUUGCCUGUGUUCUAGUUUUUCUCCAAUAAAUAAAUAACUGUACAAAUAUAUUGAGUUUACAAAAUAGAAGAGGAAAACCUUUGUCUUACAAAAGAUACAUUUCUAUGAUACAUUUAUUUCCAUAUACUGAAGCAGGAUUUCAUUCCUGGCUUAGUUGAACCAAAGACCUUGCAGAUCCUAUGUGGCAGUGUCUAGAGCUGUGUACCUAGUCUUUUCUAGCAAAGAGCAAAGCUACACAAUGAAAAUUCCUCAGUUUCUUGACAAUAAGGGCCUGACUUGGCCUGCUACUUAUGACUGAUCCAUAUUUAAUGUGUUCCAGAAAAAUUGGAAGCAGUCUGGAACAGUUGUCCUCAAAUUACUGAGUAGACACACCCCCUGCUGAUCUUGUUAAAUAUAGAUUCUCAUGAACUAGAUGGGGUGGAGCCUAGGAUUCUGCAUUUCUAACCAGCUCCCAUGGGCAGCUUCCAAUUCUUGUUCAGGGGCCACAUUCCAAAAGGCCUCUCUGAAAUGGUAGAAAUUCUCUGAGGACCUGAUUAAGGCUAGGCCCUAAUUGGGCAUCCUCCAGUAUCUAUUCCCAAGCUCCCAAUUCCACAAGACCAGUAGAGCUGGUUUUAUUUUGGUCUACCAGUGACAAGAACAGUGAGAGUCAAUUGCUAAUUGGCAUGAAUCUUGCAGUUCAAAACUUUCUUAAACUGUUUCCUGGGAGGUGCUUGUCUCUUCUCUCAAUCUAGAGCAACCUUCUCAACAUUUUCAACACUGUCAAAAACAAGUAAUAACAACAAAAAAGAAAACUGCAUAAGAAAAUUAGCAACAAUUACCAUUUUUCAGUACAAAUCAAAACAGCAACAAAAUUCAGGCUCACUGUUUAAAAAUAAAGAUAAAAACCUCUUUGGGUGUAAUUUCUAUGACAGUCCAGCAACAUCAAUUUAAUACCUGUUACAUCUCAACAUUUGUUUAAAAUUAUUUCGCUCUGAGAACCUGAAAUUUCAGGAUAAAUUAGCAAAUCUGGUGAAAAAGCAAAUGGCCAUUUUUACUUUUAGUGUUUUUAUUUCUGUUUCACGUAGGCGUUCUGUCUGAGCAGAUAGCUAAGAGCAAAAGAAGUAGGGUCAGGCACAGGUAGGGUGACUCAAGUGAGUUGGCCCAGUUCCUGGGCUGAGAAAACUAGGAAGAAUGGGGAAUAAAUGGGGCUUGCUUCAUAAAUGUGAGAGGGCUAGGAAAAAAACAAAUUCACCAAGAUAGUUUAGCUGUCACAUGACAAGUGGGAGUCUGGAGAGAG